CCAGUAGUUAGCGUAGACGCAUAAUUCAGUCUCAGAGAUGUAAAUAUGUAGAUUUAGAUAGUUUUUAUCUCGAUAAACAGCUGUUCUCGACUCGAAAUGGCCAGUUUAAACAGACAGCGGUCGUGGCAGGAGGACUUAUCGAGGAACUUUUUCAGGCUGUUCUCCCGAACCAAGUCGUUUGAUCAGGACAGAACUGAGCUGCAGUCUGAGGACCGUGGAGAACAUGAAGCUGACAGUGCCACCAGCCUGCCCAGUGUGGCAGACUCACUCCCCACACCUGAACAUUACCUGAAUGAUACACCAGAAGCACAGACGCUGGAGCACUCGGAGCAGGACAGACCGGUGGAGGGAGAUCGUCUAUGUGAUCAUGAGGGUAGCGGUCAGGGUGAUGCGGAGUCUGACCCUCCUCCCAUCACCCCUCCUGUGUUCGAGCCCAGCUCUCCGGUGCCCCCUGUAGACAGCUUCUUCAGGCGCCUGGGCAGCCUGUUUCAGUUCGCUCGAGCUGAACCGGGGGGAGCUGGAAGCCUGGAUCAGCCCAGCGAGGAGGCGCAGGGAGGCGAGGACACACAGGAAGCUGGAGAACCUGAACAGGAGCUGAAGGUUCAGGACGUGCACCAUUCGUUUGAUGUUCCAGAGGUUGAAGCUACGAGGCAAAGUGAGCGAGGCGCACAAGAUACACGACUGCGAGAGGAGGUUUGGGCCGAACAGAAUGGAGAAGCAGCAAUAAACCGUCCGUCUGCAGUGGACGAGGAAGCGGAGGACGAGGAGCGGCGCCACGCUCUGUCAUGCCCCCCAGUGGUGACAUAUGUGACAUACCACGGGCGUAGGAAAAUCAGCAAGAUGCGGAGGAGCCAGGAGGUAGGACUCCACUCCCCCAUCUCCGAAGGAGAGGAGGCGCAGCACGAAUCAGGUGUGGGCUACUCAUCCUCGGAAGAGCGAGAAAAAGACCGACGUGAUGCAAGCGCUGGUGCCUCUGUCGUAGAUCCUCCUACCGAGAACUAUUCAGGAUAUAAAAACGUCCCGUCUUUAAAUGCUGUCACUUCGGAUUAUGAAAGCCAUGCUUCACUGGGCUCCUCCGACGUACCUUCCAUUCCUCGUAUUUCACCAGGAGCCGAAGGAACAAAUUGUAAUACGAGCCCGAGUGCCUUACGGACACGCGCAGAGGCCGGAAAAACGUCUGCUGACUUCGUGUCAGACCCCUCAACGACAGCUAGCGUAUUUUCCGCUAAUGAACAUAGUGCCUGUGAUUUCGCUGAGGCAGGUAUUUCAGCCGAGACUCCCCAACAGCAGGUGACCAACACUGAUACUGCCACAACCGUUCAUCCGGCUGACGUUGACACUGCCUCCAAUUUGCACACACACUUAAAUGGUUUGGGGAUCGAUUCUAAUGGCUGCCGGGACGUCCCGCUGUCUAGUUCUGGUCCGAAUGAGGAAACCCGUGAUCUUGAUCUUGAUUCGUCAUCUACGGCGGACUUUCCAGAACAUUCCGCUUCCCGGGAAGAACUUCCGCCACUAGGGCUUAUCGAGCUGGACGCCAAGAUGCUGCAGUUGGAGUCUAGAAAAUUGGUAGAGGACAUUCUUACAAAUGCACUAGCUGCGCUGGAGAGGAUCGAUGCUUCUGACCAAGAGACUGACGACUGUAAUGAGGGUGCUAAAGAACUCGUUGUUAACGGAAUGUUAACGGAAGUAACAGGGACAACCGAGGAAUCAGCCAGUCUGGGACAGGCGUUCCCUGAACGUUCGCCUGUUCAUGGGUAUGAGACUCUCCGGUCCACUUUCUCAGAUGGGAAACUGGGAACCCGAGUGCAGGCGGACGGCAGCCGGUCCACUCCUUCCUCAGGCUACGAGUCCAUCGCUGGCUCGGAUACGGAUAUCCAAAGCAGUAUGGCUAUGAGUAACGACACGACUUCUACUAGUAGCGGUUCACUCGGCACGCAGGAGCUCAGGGACGGAGCAGUGAUAGGGAUCGAUAUGAAUGGCAUGGAAAGGAAUUCACUGUCCUCAAGGUUUACUCCGACCAGAAAGGCGGUUCUGUUUGAAGAGUGGGAAGGGCCCGCCACAACUGCUCCAAGCAACGAACUCUUACACCAAUACGCUCAUAAUGACGGCAAUAUUAGUCAUGCAAUGAAUAUCACAUCUGUGCAGCCAGGCAAGUCUUUAUCGGGGGUAACCAAUGGCCAGGUUCAGUGUGUUUUCCAAGGAUCUGGAGAUCAUUUUUCUGUUCUGCAGGAAAAAAUGGAUUCCCUGCUUCAAUGUGCAGCCAAAGACAAUCUAGAAAGCAAUAAACUCGAUCGUACAUCGGACCUAAAAGAUGUAUCUCCUAUCUGUAAUGACAAGAAAGACGCAAGCCAGCUGGAGAGUAAUAAAAACAGUAGAUUUCCAGGUGGAAUGAUGAACCUGGAUUCAAAACAGUUUGCUGAUGAAAAUGUGUCAGAGAUCCAAAGCCAUGCAGUCGAUACAACCACAGAGCCUCACCUUCCCAGUUCUGAGUGUUUAAAAAGGCUGGAAUUAGUUUCUCAGGGUCCAGAAAGCAGAAUCACACAAUGGCCAUCCAAAUGUGUGAGCGCAGCGGAGCCGAGCUUUAUUUCCGUGAAGGCUUGUUUAGCAUCUGUAAUUGAGGACGGUGAAACAGAUGAUGAAAAAAGCUCCACUUGUCCACAGAUUACGCUGCACGGCUCAGACGUCUCGCCCGAUUCCGCACCCGAUGACGGCUCUCAGUGUUUCCGAGCAGUCAAAGUAUUUUUCUGUAACGUUCCCGAUGACGAGAGCCAGACUGAUGAUUCACACAAGCUGGAUUCCUCAGCAGGGAUAAGUCUGGAGAGGCCCGGAAGCAGGCUGGCCGUCUCAGCCAGACCUCACCUGGAGCUCCCAGGCACCUUCGCGGUCAUCAGCGAGGAGGAGGAGACGGACACGGUGUUUGUCAACGACACCGGGCCCACGUUGAGUCCGGGCAGCCGUCGGGUCAAGGUCUAUCCCUUUUCCCUCUCUCCCAUAUACGAGGAAGACAACGCAAGGGAGGACACCUCACGGGACGACGGUCUGCACGUGCCUCCUGCCACAGAGGAGGAGCAGCGCAGCGUGGAGCAGCAAGCCUCGUCCAUCCUAUCGCUCCUGCAGUCGGUCAGCGAGAGACUACAAUCGUCUGCCUUUAGCGGCUCCGAGAUGGAACAGGACGCAGAAGACAUGCUGGAUGACCUGGAGCAGCCUCAGAGCUUUCUCAGGCCCCUGUGGGAUCGCUACAAUGGUGAUAAUGAUGAUGCUGAUGUACCUCAUUGGGAGUCGAACUUGCUGUUGCACCAACAGCUCACAGGGGAAAGUAAGGAACCUCCAAAGCAAGACGGAGCUUCUCCCAGCCAUAGUCCACGUCUGCUGGAUGAGGAAUUAGAGGAAAAGGAUUGUGAAAUUUCUCUCAGCAAUGUUGCUAACACUCCAUUUUAUGAAUAUUUGAGAUCCAGCACAGUGGAGUCACCUAGCACAGAAAGUAUAAAGAGUAAAGAUGUUCAUUCACCCAGGAGGGAGGAUCCGACGGUCACCACUGUGAGAGAAACGAAAGGUUUUGGAAAAGUUAAUCAACGGCCAACUCUGCUGAACAUCUAUGAGGGUCUGACGCUAAGAGGGAAAAGAAGAGAUCUCUGUGUGGACGUGGAGGAUGUCAAGGAUAUUCCUUUUUCGCAAGCUACAAUCCAUGCCCAGCGAGGGUGCUGGCUGCUGUAUGUGGAGCGGGGGUAUCGAGGGUCCUGCAUUCUGCUAGAAGAGGGUCAGAUUAUCCAGACCAGUGGAGAGUCCGGGGAACCCUCAGCAGAGCCCACAUUUUCUGUUGGCUCGAUCAGGAGGCUAGUGAAGGAUGACGGCAUUCCAGAGAUUCAUUUGUACAUGACAAGCACUCAGCAGCAGGAGCCGGUUUGUCUCCAUUUUGAAGCUGACCAUAUUGAGGCAGACGGUCCUGUUCACCUCUCUGACCUCAGUGUGCAAUCUGGAUGCUGGGUGGCCUAUGACGGUGCUGGAUUCUCAGGAAAUCAGACCCUGCUAGAGGCUGGAGGCUUGACCACACCCCUCAUAAAGGACUUCCCCAUCUCUUGCGUGAGGUCACUGCGUCCAGUAAGGAUGGAAGGUCUGAGAGUGCAGAGACCUCUGGAUCCAAAGAUCCUGGUGUUCGAGAAGCCGUUGUUCCAGGGCCAGUCCCGAGAGCUCCUGGGGAACACACCCAGUCUUGGAACUCCCGAGGAAGUAGCUCAGGUCUCGUCUGUACGAGUUACAGGAGGAGUGUGGGUCGGCUACUCGGGUGAGAACUACAGAGGGCAGCAGCGUGUGCUGGAGGAGGGAGAGUACAGUGACUGCACCACGUUGUUCAGUGAGCCAGACAAAACGUUAAAGUCCUUUCGCUUCCUCCGGGCUGACUUCAUCGAACCUGCGGUUUGCCUAAACAGUCAGGAAGAGCAGAUGGAAGUUGUGGACUAUGACGUGGAAGACUUGCAGCAGACUGGAUUAAUGAAUGAAGCAAACACCAUCGAUGUCAUGAGUGGAGUAUGGGUAGCGUACAGUGGGAAGCAUUACACAGGAGAGCAGUGUGUGCUUGAGAAAGGUCAGCAUGCUGGAAGGCUGGACUGGGGUGGCAGGAAAAGUUCACCUCUCUCCAUCCGUCCUGUGCGCAAGGAAAGUGGUCGAGAAAAUGAACCAAAGUUCUUGCUGCGUGCCUACAGUAAAGCAUCCUUCUCCGGGGAGAGCAGAGAGUUCGUAACUGAAGCAGCAGACUGUGGCGCGCUGAUUCCUGCAUCAUUCCGAGUGAUUCAGGGAAGUUGGGUGUUGUUUGAUGAGGAAGGUUUCUGUGGUAACCAGUUCAUCCUUGAGGAGGGUCUGUAUCCCGACCUCACUUCCUGUGGCUGCGUGGCAACAACGAUCAAAUCCCUCAGACCAAUUCAAUAUAACGUCUCCGAGCCCUACAUCAGUCUUUUCUCCCUGAGCUCGUUCGAAGGGUUGGAGACUGUGGCAGAUUCACCUCUAGAGACCAUGGACUUCUUCACCCAGUCUCUCAGAGUCAUCAGUGGCCAAUGGGUGGUUUAUGAGUUCAGCCAGUUUAAGGGACGUCAGAUGUUAGUGCAGACGGGCGAGUAUCCGUGCUGGGGUGAAUACAGCGGCUGGGACACCGUCGGCUCCCUACAUCCACUCAGACAGCGGUGCGUGUACAUUCAGGUCCAGAGUGGAGCCUCAGGGAUGGCACUGACUGCAGAGAGAACAGGGGAGCGCUCUACACCAGCCAGACUCUCACUGAGUCCUACUGACCGCUCACAGCAGACGCAGCACUGGGUGUACACACAGAAUCUGCUCAAGAGCAAGGUGGGGAAAGGCUGCCUGACUGUGAUUGGUGGGAAAGCGCUGGUGGGCACCAGAGUGGCAUUGUGGGAAGAGCACGGGCGGAUCAAUCAGAGGUGGAGCGUCAAUGAGAACGGGACGAUCUCCAGUCAUUUACACCACAGCCUCGUACUGGACCGUAUAGGUGGAAUUGGAAUAGACAGGGACCACCUGAUCCUGAACGAGUUCUGUCCUGAUAGCCCCACUCAGUUCUGGGACGUAGAGGUGCUGCUGUAAUGCUGAGGUAAAGGAACUGAUGGAUAGUUUCAGGAUAAACAGCACUGCCUUCGACCACCACAAGAGGAACCGACUUUAAAAAAAACCCUGUUUCUUAAAACGGAGCUCAGAAGAGAACUGAACUUGUAAUCAGGAGUUUUGGGUUUUUGUGUCUGGAACCAAGAUGUCUAAAGCCGCAGUCACACCACGCCUCAGUAAAGUUCGUUCAUUUCAGUGAAAUGUUUUACAGUUGGUGUGAGGUUCUAAUUGAAUGAACUUUAAGCCACCAGUUUGCAUCGUCAACUAAUAGCACAGCAGCUUGUGUUAGCAUUUGUUUGGCGCAACAAAUCGAGCAGUACGUCAGCUUAUGCCAAGUUCACACUACACGACUUUCAAGGUGUUCAGAUCGCUGUACAGUUCACACUACACAACUGGAUCUAAUGCAAUCGGGAGUCUUUUGAGUCGUGGAUCACACAGUACACCAUCUACCAUCAGAUGAGUCUGGCUGGUCUCCCAAACUACGAUUUGUCAUGAAAACACACAUGAGAAGUGACGAGGGGUUUAAUGAUACCACGUCCAAAAAAUGCACGUCAACAAGAAGCGAGUGAAUAAAGUUGUUUGUGCGCUGAUGUGCAGCGUAAAAGCAAGUAGGAAAAAUAAAUGAAUCCGAGGGGAUUGGGAUGCGCAGCCAGCAGGGAUUGUUGCAAUGCUACGUUGGUAUUAUGGUUUGGCGUAGACGAUAAGGUCACAAAUACUGUAAAGCUUGUGUGUGCCGAUGUAUCCUGAUAGAAACUAUAUUACGCCCCUGUCCCCCUGUCACCCCGUGUCCUGCGUUCUCAUCGGCUGUAGGUCGACAUAGCACUCGCUGCCACUCGCAACCUGCUUGCAAUGCCUUUUAUACUACAGGAUUUUGAGUCACAGACAGGUCCAGAUAUUGAAGCGUUCGGCGAGUCGCUCAGAUUGAGUUGUUGAACAGUUCACACAUAGCGAUCAAGAGCCGAGUUUCGAUCCCCGAGUGAACGCCAUCGGCAAGCGAAAAUCAGGGCAAAAAUCAUGUAGUGUGAACUAGGCAUAAGAGCUUCACUCUCAAACUCGCUCUGUAGUGCUGUCAGUUCAUAUCAUUCAAUAAUGAUAAUCCAUAUUUUAAUGCUGACAAGCCUCCUAUAAGUCUCCUAUACACACAGAUGACUGAACAUUAACAGUUUAACCUUACUGAGUGUAAAAAAUAGAUUCAGCUAACUUUAGUAAAUAAAAAAUAUACCCACAUUCAGACCAAACACUAGUUUAGUCAACGUUCGCUUGCUGAACUUCAUUCAGUGUCACAUUCUCCCUGUUCUCCCUAUGCUGGCUGUCAGAGUUUGUAGUAAAAUGUUCCUAAUAGGGAUGUAACGAUACACUCUACCCACGAUGCAAUACGAUUCAUGAUACUGGGUUCACGAUAUGAUUUGUUCCCGAUUUUUUUAAACAAAAUGGAAUUAAAGACAAAUUAUGACAGUUUCCUUUUAUUACUGUAUUUGUGCUUAUCUUUUAUUUAUCUAAGUAGUGAAUGUCCUUUUAUUUCUGAGGUAGGUACAAACUAUGCCAAAUAAUGCUUAUUGUGUAUGUAAAAAUCUAAAUCAAUUUAAAACAAAUCCAACAUUAUAUAAAUAAAUGAAUAAUACAAAUAAAGAGUAGAGAAGUAUCCUCACAUAAUUAAAUUUGGCUGGAAAAUUCCGAACCUGGCAACCCUGUAGUGACGUCAACCAGGCGAGGUUAAUAGCGCCAGCGCCCUCUGCUGUUUAAAGUGAAUAACCGAUUCGAAUCGUGGCACAUGUGCACCGAUUUUUAACUGUCUUGUGGUGCAUCGUUACAUCCCUAGUUCCUAAUGUGUUGCUAAAUAUCGUUUCUGAUAAUUGAUGCUAUUUCUGUCACCAUGACGGCCCUCGGCACAGCUAAAGCUAAUUCAUGACUAAACUUCUCACUGCACAAAAUAAAGAACUGGGUCUGUCCACAAUUCUCCACCACACAUUCCUGGUGUGACUGCGGCUUUUCUCAGAUUUCGACUGUCCAGACGGCCCAUUAUGCUAAUUAUCAACUCAUUUAUCGCUGGAUUAGUUGUGUUACAAGCAGAGAAAACAAAGCCAGUGGGCCUCCGGAACUGACCACGGUGCAGUUCACACUGUAGACCGAGGUUUGGUUCCCUUUAUUAAAGAGGACACGGAUUAGGAGGUUGAACACACACAAGCUCGAUCUGAGGAUAAACCGGCUGUACGAGGCAAUACAAAGAGCAUGAAUUCAAUGCUUGCUUUUUUUUCCAUGUACUCUCCGAAGCACAUUUGCACUACCAAGCUCCGCUCCUCACUUGAACGGCAACGGCUCUCUCGCAGGGCCAGAGCUCGCCCCCACGCACUGAUACCAGAAAUAGCCGCGGCCCUCUUCCUGCCUCCAGUGAUGUCACGUUUUUUUUAUGUUGAAAACUCCCUUUACUCAGACGAACGCAGGCCAAAUACAGAAACACAGAAACCUGCUGUCAAUCAGGUCGUGUCGAGGAUUUUUAUAAGCUCGUCGGAACACUGGAUUUACCACAGAACACUGUAUGAUAUUCAGGAAAAGAUGUAUCUAUGUAUUAAAAGCUCUGCAGGUGACGUAUUGUGUACAGUUCAAUCAUGUUUUAAAUUCUGUUAUAUAUAAUAAAGAUGUAAUACAUGA